UUCGCUCGCAACGAGAACUACACUUCCCAGGAGGCCUUGCGGUGGGUUAUCGUCACUUCCGGCCAGGAAGAUGGCAGCUUCUUAGGGAGUCGUCGGCCGAUUUGGAAAGAGGCUCCGGCUUCGACAUCCUCCAGGCAUCCCAGCGCCCUCGUGGGAGAAUCCUAGAAGUUAUUAUUACUUUAUUCGCGAAGACGUUUCCAGUUUCAGGGGACAGAAAAUCCAACUCAAUCUGACUUAAGCAAGAAAGGCAAGUUGCUAGCUUACAGAACUGGGAAGGAUCCUGGCAUCCCCCAUCCCUGCUGUAUCCAGCUACACAGGAACUAUGGAAGUUGCAGAGCCCAGCAGCCCCACUGAGGAAGAAGAGGAGGAGGAAGAGCAGUCUGCCGAGCCUCGGCCCCGCACACGCUCCAACCCGGAGGGGGCCGAGGACCGGGCGCUGGGGACCCAGGCCAACGUGGGCAGCCGUAGUGAGGGUGAGGGUGAGGCAGCCAGUGCUGACGAUGGGACUCCCAACCCACCAGGUGCUGGCCCAAAGCCCUGGCAGGUGCCCCCGCCAGCCCCUGAGGUCCAGGUUCGAACACCGAGGGUCAACUGUCCAGAGAAGGUGAUCAUCUGCCUAGACCUGUCAGAGGAAAUGUCACUGCCAAAGCUGGAGUCAUUCAACGGCUCUAAAACCAACGCCCUCAACGUCUCCCAGAAGAUGAUUGAGAUGUUUGUUCGGACCAAGCACAAGAUCGACAAGAGCCACGAGUUCGCCCUGGUGGUGGUGAACGAUGACACGGCCUGGCUGUCAGGCCUGACCUCUGACCCCCGUGAACUGUGCAGCUGCCUCUACGACCUGGAGACCGCCUCCUGCUCCACCUUCAAUCUUGAAGGCCUCUUCAGCCUCAUCCAGCAGAAGACGGAACUGCCAGUCACAGAGAAUGUGCAGACGAUCCCGCCCCCAUAUGUGGUCCGCACCAUACUCGUCUACAGCCGUCCGCCCUGCCAGCCCCAGUUCUCCCUGACGGAGCCCAUGAAGAAAAUGUUCCAGUGUCCAUAUUUCUUCUUCGAUGUUGUUUACAUCCACAACGGUGCAGAUGAGAAGGAGGAGGAGAUGAGCUGGAAGGACAUGUUUGCUUUCAUGGGCAGCCUGGAUACCAAGGGCACAAGCUACAAGUAUGAGGUGGCGUUGGCGGGGCCGGCCCUUGAGCUGCACAACUGCAUGGCCAAGCUGUUGGCUCACCCGCUGCAGCGGCCCUGCCAGAGCCACGCUUCCUACAGCCUGCUAGAAGAGGAGGAUGAGGCCGCCGAGGUUGAGGCCACUGUCUGAGCCAGCCGUGAGCACCUCAGCUUCCCUGCAUGGUGACAGCCUUGGCCUGGAGUGGCAGCUCUCAGACUGGCUUCUGUGGAGACCUGAGGGGGUGCCAGGAGGCAACCGAGAGGCUGUGUGCACCCAUUCUCCAUGUUCCCCAGCUGAUCCCCCACCCCUAGUUGAUGUCAAUUGUAGCUUUUAAUCUUUCCCGUGGGAUUUUGUCAUCAAAAUAAAAAUGUGAGAAUCCA